CCCGUUUUAAACCCCCCAUUUUGCUCCCCUUGAUUUUUGAUCGAAGUCGAAUACACAGCUCUGUCAUCAAACAUUAUUCUCUCAUCGUUGAGCACAACAGCCAACAUGGUCUGCAACGAAUGUCGUGAUAUGCUCCAGUCGCAGAAAGGCCGAACCUGGAAAGGAACCUAUGAUUUGAGAUACAGACUUGAUGUAACAGUGAUUACUCUUGAGCAGCGGUCUGCCGGUUGCGUAAUCUGCAGAUCCCUCUGUGAGGGGUUGAAAGAGCAUCUCAAGAACACAGCAAGUAGCGGCUCUGGCCGUCGAGACUCAUCACCGGCGGCGCCACAAGCAGAUACAUCAACUGAUUGCCAGAGUCUUGCAGCCAUCUCUAAACGUUCUUUGGAGAUCGCAGCAUCCCUUUACUUUCACCAGGAUAAUUUUGGUACCAAGGGAAAGGAGGAAACGGCCAAGCAUCUUUACCGACUAGAUGUUGUUUUGCAGGAACCUUCCAAGGACAGAGAGCAAGUACAUAGCUCUGGUUCUGUUCAAGUGAAGCGUACCUUCUUUCUUGAGAAUCCGAAAACUGAAGUCGCCGGCUUGAUAUCAAGCGCUUCACCCCGUACCUCGUCAAAAGAGGUUUUUGAUACCAUUAUGGGAUGGAUGCAGCAGUGCAAGUGCACCGUCGAUGGACCACCGACGUUCUAUCCCGCUCGUCUUAUCAGCCUGAAGGCCCUGAAGGGCGAAUUUAGAUCAUUCGAGGCAAGUCGGGAAGCAACGAGCGCCCGACCGGACGUGCAGGUCAAGCUCGUGGACACAAAGGGGUGGUUGUUGAAGAAUCGUACGAAGUCGCCAUCUGCACCUCGAGAAAACGACAAAUAUGUGACUCUGUCACAUUGCUGGGGUUCCGGCGCCGUUAAGCCAGAACAUCGGUUGACAUAUCUCACCGAACAAGGCCUCCGUCGAGGAAUCUCUGUUGACAAGUUGCCCAAAACGUUUCAGGAAGCGAUCUUCUUUGCAGCUCUCAUCAAAGGUGUUGGUUACAUCUGGAUUGAUUCCUUGUGCAUCCGGCAAAAGCCAGAGGGUGAAGAAGAAGGAGCAGAAGUUGCUGCUGCCCAGCGCGACUGGUUACAUCAAUCAGCAGAUAUGGACUUGGUAUACAGCGCGACCUACCUCAACAUAUCUGCCACCGCCUCGGAUAGUAGUGCCGGAGGGCUUUUCAGAAACCGCGAUCCUGCCAUGCUCAAAGCGGAAUCCGUGAUGCUCAAUAUUGAAGGCCUUCCAGGUGUUUACAUACCCGACACCGAGAAGAUGUCGACGAAUGCCAUUGGCUCUGUGGAAGUAAGAGCCCGAGAUACUGGGAAAGAUCCCAACCUCUACCGGCGCGAGUGUACCGUCCUUGAUCCCACCUUCUGGACAGACAGAGUGGACAAGGCUCCGGUCAACAAGAGAGGAUGGGUUGUUCAGGAGAGAAUCCUGUCUCCAAGGGUAUUGCACUUCUGCGAGGACCAGGUAGCGUGGGAAUGUCUAGGUUCAAAUGGCUGCAAGGGCUUUGACUUUGCUGAAGGACAACCGCUUGGUCUGUCAAACUUCCAGCUCACUGAACGCGGCAUCGUGGAAGCCCUACGACUCAAAGCCGUCCAUUUCGAACACAGCCUGUCGAGGCCACAGGAGUCUCAAUCGCCAAUAGAUCAGAGCAAUGACAACGCAGUACACUCAUCCAGCGCCCAAGAGCGAGCGCUCAAAGAGUGGGCUCGUAUCAUCGAGACGUAUUCCAAGACGUCCCUGACGAACCCAGAAGACAAAUUGAUCGCCCUCUCUGGUAUGGCAAAGAACAUGUUUAAGGAAAUAUACAGCGGGCAAAGAAGCACAGGAAGUCAGUAUGUUGCCGGCUUAUGGGGUAUUCGCCUCGAAAGUCAAUUGUUGUGGUAUGUAGAACCCCUGUUCGACCCGAUCAAAAAUACUUUCUCGAAUCCAGCUCGCUCGCCGGAAGAGUGGAGCACGAGAGGGUCGAAGAAGUACCGUUCUCCUUCCUUUUCGUGGGCUGCUAUCGACAAUCCCGAUCGCGGCAUUGUGUACGGCGACACCACCCUCCGAAAGUUGUUCAUAGAGGUCGAAGAGAAUGGAGUGACCUUGAAAACCGACCCGAAGAGCGCAUUUGGUCUUCUCCAUGACGCGUCCAUCACGCUGCGCUGCAAGCUUCGCAAAGCCAUCAUCCAGAAGCAGAAGACUGGAACAGCCCGCUAUAUCUGGCAUUUAGAUCAUCGCGAUGAAGCAAACGCGGAUCUUGAUGAAGAACCACAUACCAAUGUCUACCUAGACUGUUUUGAACGCGACGAAAAGGCUUGUGUCAAUCCACAUGGUAGGAGGAAAAAGAAGGUCUACGUAGUCCCUGCUGCCAUCAACCACGGUGGUGAGAUGGUAUGUCUUAUUCUGCGACUGGUCGAUACUGAACAGGCUCUCUACCGACGGGUUGGUCUUACGAAGUUGAGUCCUUUCAUGGACAAAUUGGCAAUGCAGGGAGAACAGGGAGCACAGGGCGCGAAACACAAAAUUCUCCAAGUCCUUGAUGGGGACAUCAAGGAGCCGCACAAAGGCUACGAAGGAGGCAUGCAUAGGAUACAUCUCAUUUAA